UCCAGCAAGGCUAAUGUCGGUUCACUCUCUUAAACCCACCCGACCCAGUUUAAGGCGUGGAAGCUGUUUAUCAACUUGUACCAUAUUUACGCUGCUAUUUAUUUCAUUAUGAAUAGGGAGAGACUGUAUAAACUAAUUUAACAUUCCCCUGGACACCCGGCUGGACAUUAUGGGAUUCAAUAACAUGGACGCGUCUGAAACCUGACCCACCACAACUCACCGCCUGCUAGCUGCUAACUCACAGAGUUAGAUUAUAAUGUAAUAGGACUACCUCACAUUUAUCCCCUGCAGAUAGAGCCGCAAGAGACCGGAAGUGCAUCCCUACAGAAUAAACAUGGGCAUCAAAGUAGCUGUGAGCUGCACUGUGUUGUACACCCUACUGGACGUGAUUGUCACCACUGUCUUGUACACACAUGGUUCGCACUUGAGUAUAUUCACAAAGGAUGCCCUGAACUUUAACAUCCUCCAGUCAGCAUUGGACCUCUGGGUGACUGUGCUGCUCAGAGCCUCCCUCCUGCUGGGAGCCUCCAUAGGGGUGUCAUGGAAUAGACAAGAUGGCCCACAAAGGGCAGCUAAACUCUCCUCGCUCAUUGUCUUCAUCUGUCUGAUCGUCAUCACCUACGCCCUGGCCAAGAUGCUGAUGCUAACCGAGCUGAAGUCUCUGACCCAACAGCCCUGGUUCCUGAGCCUGAUAUGCUGGACUUGUGCCUCUUCUCUGGGUGUCAUGCUGCUCUGGAGGAUGCUUGGGAAGGAGUCCAACUCGGCAAGCACGAGCUGCGCAAGUGGAGGAGAGGGGGGCUCUGAGGAUGCUGAGAAGCUGGUGGGGACAGCUGGUGAGGAGGAGCAGGGGGUGGGGUGUGAGAGGAAGAAGAAGAAUGAGGAAAGCCAGGAGAAAAAGAUGACCAGCUCUGGGGCCACACUGGGACGUCUGCUGACCUACUGCAAAAAGGACGGUGGGCUGCUGUCCGUAGCCUUCCUCUUCCUCCUCAUCUCUGCUGUGUGUGAGGCCUUCAUACCGUACUACUACGGAAAAGCAAUAGACAGCAUUGUGGUUCACAAGAGCAUGGAGUACUUUGCUAAGCCUGUGAUCAUACUGUCAGUGCUGGCCUUAGCUAGUUCACUUGCAAUGGGAGUACGUGGAGGAGUCUUCACCCUGACGUUUGCAAAAUUAAACCUUCGGCUCAGGAACCAUCUCUUCAGAACUCUGAUGAGGCAGGAAAUUGGCUUUUUUGAUGAAAACCAUACAGGUGACAUCAUUUCACGUCUGUCUGCGGACACCACUCAGGUGAGUGACCUCAUCUCCCAGAAUGUCAACAUCUUCCUGCGGAGCAUGGUCAAGGGCAUCGGCUUCUUCAUCUUUAUGUUUGGGAUGUCCUGGAAGCUCACACUGGUGGCCAUCAUGGGAUUCCCUUUCAUUGCCCUUGUCUCCAGACUCUAUGGGGAUUACUACAAGAAACUGACCAAAGAGGUGCAAACAACCCUCGCAGAGGCCAAUAAAGUUGCAGAGGAAACCAUUUCAGCCAUGAGGACAGUACGGAGCUUUGCCAACGAGUGCGGGGAGGCCGACUCCUACUACAGCAAGCUUUUGGUCAUGUUCCGGCUCAACAAAAAACAAGCCCUGGCCUACGCUUGCUACAUGUGGUCCAGUUGUAUUUCAGAGCUCGCUUUAGAGGUGGCUAUCCUCUUCUAUGGCGGCCACCUUGUACUUACUGGACAGAUGAGCAGUGCUGCCUUGAUCUCUUUUUUCAUUUACUUGCUGGAACUGGGAGAAUGUCUGGAGAGUAUUGCAUCAGUGUACACGGGCCUCAUGCAGGGGGUUGGUGCUGCCGAGAAGGUUUUUGAGUACCUGGACAGAGAAACCAAACACCCAGCUGACGGCACAGAGGCUCCAGACACAUGCACCGGUUUGGUUGAAUUUAAAGACAUCACGUUUGCCUACCCAACACGCCCUGAGACUGAUAUUCUCAAGGGAGUGUCAUUCACUUUGCAUCCUGGGGAGGUAACCGCCCUCGUGGGACCUUCAGGCAGUGGGAAGAGCUCCUGUGUGAGUCUGCUGGAAAACUUCUACCUUCCUCAACAAGGCCAAGUGCUGCUGGAUGGAAAGCCCAUUCACACCUUCCAGCAUGACUACCUCCACUCCAAGGUGGCUCUUGUGGGCCAAGAGCCUGUGCUGUUUGCUCGGACGGUCGGUGAGAACAUCACCUAUGGCCUGACUGACGUCCCCAUGGAGGCUGUGGUGCAGGCUGCCACCAAGGCUAAUGCUCAUGAUUUUAUCACCGCCCUCCCUUCAGGCUAUGAGACAAGUGUUGGCGAGAAAGGCACCCAGUUGUCAGGGGGGCAGAAACAAAGGGUGGCCAUUGCAAGAGCUCUCAUCCGCAACCCUCGUGUUCUUAUCCUGGACGAGGCGACCAGCGCCCUGGAUGCAGAGAGUGAACACGUGGUUCAGACGGCUCUGAACAACAUCAUGCAGGAGCACACAGUGCUGGUAAUCGCCCAUCGGCUCAGCACAGUGGAAAAGGCAGACAACAUCAUCGUGAUCGACAGGGGGCGUGUGGCGGAACAGGGGUCUCACAGUCAGCUGAUGGCCAGUGGGGGGCUAUAUCACAAGCUGGUGCAGAGGCAGGUCCUAGGCAUUGAGACAGGGGCGGAGGUCCUCAACCCAUCUGAAAAACUCAGCUGGAAGUCUGAUGGUGGAGGGAAGAAGAGAAGAAAGAGCAGCAGUUGCAGCACCAGUGAUUCUGAGCAUAAUGUACGCUACUGAGAAUGACCUGCAGUGUGUGGAAAUGGGAUUGAACUGCUGGAUGGGUGAUGGCACGUUUUGUAUAUUCUAAGAUUCAAACCAUAUGUACUAUAGAGGCUAUUUUAUUCAGAUAUUCAGUAGUGUUUAGUUUAACUAUUUCCAUGCAAAGGGUAGAAGAGGUCUUCAAACUGAAUUUAGACCACAGGACACUCCAAACACUGAACUGAAAUCCAGGAUCUUAAUAUAACUUAAAGGGCUAGUUCAGAUUUUUUGAAGGUGGGUUGUAUGAGGUACUUAUCCAGAGUCAGUAUUACCUACAUUACCGGUUCGAUCCUGGCCGUGGGAGCCCUUCUGUGCAGAGUUUGCAUGUUCUCCCCGUGUCAGCGUGGGUUCUCUCCGGGCACUCCGGCUUCCUCCCACAGUCCAAAGACAUGCAGAUUGGGGACUAGGUUAAUUGAUAACUCUAAAUUGUCCGUAGGUGUGAAUGUGAGUGUGAAUGGUUGUCUGUCUCUAUGUGUCAGCCCUGCGAUAGUCUGGCGACCUGUCCAGGGUGUACCCUGCCUCUCGCCUGAUGUCAGCUGGGAUAGGCUCCAGCCCCCCCGCGACCCUCAAGAGGAUGAAGCGGUUAGAAUAUUAAGUAUUACCUACAGUAGAUGUCAGUCGGCACACCUCCCAGUUUUGUCAAGUGGCAGGAUUGCUGAAACGGAAGCUAAGCAAAGUGCUGCUGUGGACGGGGUCAGCAGCAAAACAUAUUGUAGUCACCUAAAAAAAAGUCCCAUCUAAAAACAAUCUACAGCAAAAUAAAUGUAUGCUAUAUUGAGCGUAUUUUCACUGCUUUACCUUUCUGUCAGACCACCCAUUCCAACAGGGAAGUCAUUAACAGCUUCAGUUCAACCUAUGCUCUCUUAAAAGCCACCAGACUCCAUUGACAAAAACAAAAAUUUGGGCUCACUGAACACAGGAGCUACUGGUCUCCUGCUGUCUCCAUCAGUUUGUUAGUUUGUGUCAUUGUGUGACUUUGGUGAAUCAGAGUUCACCACUUCAAAAUAACUGAUCGAGACAGCAGUAGACCAGCAGCUCCUGUGUUCAGUGAUGUUAAAUCACUGUUUUUGUCAAUGGAGUCGGGCUUUGAAGAGGGCGAUAUAACAGCUUCAGUUUCCUGUUGGAAAUUGCUGUCUGACAGAAAUGGAAAUUGGUAAAAAAUACCUUCAAUACACUGUUUUAGGUGAGACUUUUUUCAGGUGGCUAAAAUACAUUUUAUUGCAGACCCCUUUAACAGCAGUAAAUUGCUUAGCCUCCCCAUCAGACUCUAGGGUGUUUAUCUAUACUGGGGGCAUGCCGACUGCCAUGUUGUGUAGGUAAUACACCGACUAUGGCUAAGUACCUUAUACAACCCCACUUAAAAAAAAUCCAAACUAUCCCUUUAAUCUAGAAUUUGAUUAUGUUAGAAUCAGUUCAGGUUAAGAUCAAAUGAUAGACAAACUAAGUAGCAUUAUGGACUUAAAAAUACAGUUGAAUGUAUCAAAAACAUAUCAUAGAGGGUUGGCAUUGCCACUAGAAAUAAAACUUGAAUGAAUGGCCACUAUGAUUAUUAACUGAUAUAUUAGCUUUAAGAACAGGCAAUAUGUUGCUGCUGAUGCACUAUGUAAGGUUGUGUUUGUUUUUUAAUACCUCAUCAUCAUACUACAAUCACGUAAGUUAUUGUUUUAUUGAACUCUUCCUCAGGAUUUGUUUUGCUUUUAUAUGGAGUUUGCUGUAGCAGGUGUGGAAAUGCUUUGUGUUUCUUUUCAAGGCUGUUUGAUUACAUCAUUUGUAGCUCUACAAGUAAGUGCUGCAAUGACCACAAAGAAAAGAUGGGUGCCUUUUGUCUGAUGAACUAAAUUCACAGUAGGGAUCUAACUGUCUGUGAUAAGGGCAAAUAAAUUUAAUGACUCCAGAGAUGCAUAAUGUAAUUGUAUAAAUCACUAUGAAUAAAAAAUGAAUAAAAUAUACUGUUGGCCUUUAUGGAAACAGACAUGUUGGAUUAGUACUUAAUGCUGCAUUUAAUGUCUACACGUAAAUCCUCAUUCAAUUUCAGUUGAUGGAUGGAUGUUGACCCUGAUGUUAACAUGGAUGUUGACGUUAGCAUUUUGUUUAUUUUUGUCCAGAC